CUCUUCAAUUAUUUGUUUGUAAAAUGACGUAAUCAUGUUCUGGGUGUAUCUAUGGCUAUUCUUGGGGUUUAAAUGUAACUGCCUCUGCAUCCACAGUGUUGACAAAAUGAAGUAGAAAUGAACACCACCAAUCACGACGGCAGCCACUCACAACCACCGCAGCAGCAGCGCCGCCCACGCGGCUUCGCUGCGGCGGCGAUAUCAAACACCACCGUAACCACACCGACCACCACCACCAAUCCAAGAACCACUAGAAAGGAGAGAGAAAAAGAAAAAGAACGAACCAAACUUCGUGAACGCCACCGUCGAGCCAUCACCAGCCGUAUGCUCGCCGGUCUCCGCCAGUACGGCAACUUCCCGUUACCUGCACGCGCCGACAUGAACGACGUACUCGCCGCCCUUGCUCGUGACGCCGGCUGGAUCGUUGAGGCUGAUGGCACCACUUUCCGACAAUCUCAACCCUCUUCUAAAUUGGGUGUUUAUCCCGGAAGAUCAGUAGAAAGUCCACUGUCUAGUAAUUCAUUAAAAAGUUACUCAAUGAAACCAUCACUUGAUUUUCCAUCGUCAGUUCUCAUAAUCGAUGACAGCUCAUCACCUGCUUCUCUCGACUCUGUUGUAGUCCCAGAGAAAUAUAGUGUCGGUUCUAUCGAUUCACACGAUUGUUUAGAGACCGAUCAGCUUAUGCAAGAAGGGCAUAGUAUUGAUCAUGAGUUUAGCUUCAUAGGGACUGCGUAUGUACCUGUUUAUGUCAUGCUUGGAACUGGGUCGAUCAACAAAUUCUGCCAGUUGAUUGACCGUGAAGCUGUUAGAAAAGAGCUACGCCUUCUGAAAUCAUUACACGUAGACGGUGUAUUCGUAGACUGUUGGUGGGGUAUCGUCGAAUCGCAAGGUCCGCAACGAUAUUGUUGGUCUGGAUACCGGGAGUUAUUCAACAUCAUCAACGAAUUGGAGCUGAAACUACAGGUUGGCCUGGCGUUUCACGAGUACGGAGGGAAUGCUUCCGGGGGGAUACCAAUUCCCCUCCCCCAAUGGGUUCUUGAUAUCGGUAAAGAGAAUAAUGAUAUUUUCUUUACUGACCGUGAAGGAAGAAGAAACACCGAGUGCUUAUCAUGGGGCAUUGAUAAAGAACGAGUACUUAAAGGAAGAACCGGUGUUGAGGUAUAUUAUGAUGUUAUGAGAAGCUUUAGAACAGAAUUUGAUGAUAUGUUUAUCGAAGGUCUUAUUACUGGUGUUGAAAUAGGGUUAGGACCCUCGGGGGAGCUGAAAUAUCCGUCUUUUUCAGAAAAAACGGGGUGGAUUUAUCCGGGUAUUGGUGAGUUCCAGUGUUAUGAUAAAUAUAUGCAACAGAAUCUUCAUAAAACUUCAAAUCUACGCGGUUACAGUUUUUGGGCGCAAGGACCUGAAAAUGCUGGUAAUUAUAAUUCCAGACCACAUGAAACCGGUUUCUUUUGUGAACAAGGUGAUUACGACAGCUAUUACGGCCGUUUUUUUCUUAAUUGGUAUGCUCGGUUUUUAAUUGAUCAUGCCGAUGUUAUCCUCUCUCUUGCAACCCUAGCAUUUGAGGAAAUACCAAUAGUUGUUAAGAUUCCAUCUGUUUAUUGGUGGUAUAAAUCUACAAGUCAUGCAGCCGAGCUGACAGCUGGAUAUUACAACUCGGCUAAUCAAGACGGUUACUCCGCACUCUUCGAGAUUUUGAAAAAAUAUUCGGUUAUCGUUAAAUUUAUCUGCGAGGGGCUGCAUCUUUCCAGUGACGGAAACCAUGACGCACUUGCUGACCCGAAAGGGUUGACUUGGCAGGUAUUGAAUUCAGCUUGGGAUAAAGGGUUGACUUUAGCUGGUCAAAAUGCAUUAAUUUACUAUGAUAAAGAAGUAUUCAUGAGGUUAGCCGAGACUGCUAAGCCAAUCAAUGAUCCAGAUCAUCAUCACUUUGCGUUUUUCACUUUUCAACCGCCAUUACCUCUGGUCGAAAAUACUUCAUGUUUCUCGGAACUCAACCACUUCAUCGGAUGCAUGCAUGGAGAAAAAGCGGGGACAGAAAUGUGAGGCGCGGUUUUGUUGGAGAAGACGCUACUGAGUACUGAACUUGUAGCCGUUUUAAACGUAUAAAAUAUUCGAUCAUAUAAAUUAAAUUUUGUAUUAACUUUAAAUAAAUUAUAUUUUGUUAUAAUUGAAUUGAUUUAAAACUCAGCCUCACAUUUGUUUGUUGUAUAAUGAUCACACCUACUUUCCUGUAGGAAAAAUUGACUGAUCCAA